AUGUUGAAAACAUCACCGUCGCCAGUUCUCACCAGCACCUCCGUUCGCAACGCCAGCACCAGCGCCUCGCCAGUCUCGAGCUUCCGCAAUGCCCACCAGAGGCAGGCGCAACAUACCCACGUCCCUCAACCGCCACAUGCCCCUGGUCGAGAUCUCACACUAUCGGCCGCGACAGCCCCGCCGAUCUCGCGUCACCGCAACAGUUCUUCGACGAUGGCGACGGCCUCUGCGUCCGCCACAACGUCCAGCCCGCGCGGUGCCUCCAUAAAGUCGCCCGUCACAUUGCACUCCGGGCGCAAAGGCGACGACGAGCAUACUGGCGGGUCCGGUCCCGUUGCUGCCCACCCUUCGACCUCCGAGUCGACCUUGGAUCUUCCACCAUCCCCUCGCCCGCAGACUACGGACACACCGGCGGCGCCUGCACCCGCGAAAACAGCCACGACACCAUCGCAGGCACACCUAAGACCGGCUGAAAGCACGGGAUCAACACCUUUGUCUCCCAACAAGCGUCGAGCGUCACCGGGUCCCCUCCCUGACGUCACAUCCUCGCCUGCGGCCCAUGCCAUACCAAAGCAGCACGAGUCUCCCUCAUCGACGAAGCGCGCAAAGCCAGAGCAGGAUGCGCCGAAAACAUUACCUCUCAAAUAUGAGCAUUGCGCGGUGGAUGAUUUGGUCGAGCUGAUAGCACACAUGUUGACGGAACUGAUUACGACAAACGAUCACAUACAAAUGCAGAGCGGACGUCUUACGCGCUUUCACUCGAGAUCCCCUCCCGGUAUAUCGGUGCGCGAUUACCUACACCGACUCGCCCGGCAUGCGACUUUGAUACCGCCCAUCCUCCUCUCAAUGGUGUAUUAUAUUGAUCGACUCUGUGCCAUGUAUCCCGAGUUUACGAUUAACACUCUCACGGUCCACCGCUACCUGAUAACAGCAGCUACGGUGGCUGCCAAGGGGCUCUCAGACGCUUUCUGGAACAAUGCAACGUACGCCCGGGUCGGCGGAGUGCGGUUACAGGAAUUGAAACUACUAGAGCUCGAAUUCCUGCACAGGGUCGAUUGGAGAAUUGUACCCAACCCCGAGGUUCUCGUCGCGUAUUACAACGGUUUGGUGGAGCGGAACCCGCGUUACACCUUGGAAACUGAGGAACAGGCCGACGGCGAGUAG